GAAGCAGUAGCGGCGGUUUGCGCUCCAGUUGCCAGGUCGCGGCCGUUGCUAGAACUGGCGGUCGGUCCUCAUUUUCCAAGGAGCCCGAGGAGGAGCGCCCACCUUGAUUCUUCCCAGCUUGGUCCUGGUCUGCGGAGAGCGAUGCCGCUUCCCGACACCAUGUUCUGCGCGCAGCAGAUCCACAUUCCCCCGGAACUGCCAGACAUCCUGAAGCAGUUCACCAAGGCUGCGAUCCGCACCCAGCCCACCGACGUGCUACAGUGGUCCGCGGGGUAUUUUUCAGCUUUGUCAAGAGGAGAUCCACUUCCUGUAAAAGACAGAAUCGAAAUGCCCGUGGCCACUCAGAAAACAGACACAGGCCUGACUCAAGGACUUCUUAAAGUUUUGCACAAGCAGUGUAGCCACAAGGAAUAUGUGGAAUUAGCAGAUCUUGAGCAGAAAUGGAAAAAUCUGUGCCUGCCAGUAGAAAAAUUCAGAGCUCUCUUGCAGUUGGAUCCUUGCGAAAACAAGAUCGAGGGGAUAAAAUUUUUAGCACUUGGAUGCAGCAUGCUUGGUGGGUCAUUGAACACUGCGAUGAAGCACCUGUGUGAGAUCCUGACCGCUGACCCCAAGGGGGGGCCUGCGCGCAUCCCCUUUGAGACUUUCUCCUACGUCUACCGUUACCUGUCGGGACUCGACUGGGAUAUACCUGCAUCAGACACGGAGUCCUACCUCUCCUCUCUGAAGGACAGCAUAGACUCUAGAAAGAAUGGCAUGAUAGGACUUUCAGAUUUUCUUCGUUCUAAAGAGGAAAAUGUAGAAAACCUCGAAAAGAAAACUCAGAAGACAUAGGCCAUUAAUACAGAGAAGAACACAUUUUAAUG